AUGGGAUUGCGAGCAUGGUGGGGUGCAAUAUGGUUUAGAGUAUCUUCUUUUUUUAUCUUUCCAAAGGAACUUAGUAUUGCUGUUAUUGGCCUACAAAACUCUGGAAAGACAACUUUCACUAACUUGCUCGGCGGGAAGUCAUUCGAGGCAGAUACUAUUCCAACCUUGGGAAUUCAAAUAAACAGGUUCUCACUUGGGAAUAGUCUGUUGAACGUUUAUGAUCUUGCGGGACAGACAAGGUUUCAACCUCUUUGGGAGCGCUGCUUUGAUAAAGUCGACCUCAUCAUAUAUAUGAUUGAUCUGAGUGAUUUGAGUUGCCUUGCGGAUGCCUUCUCAAAGUUACGUCAGGUUAUAAGGCUGAGCAACACAGACCGCAUACCACUGGUGAUAAUAGGAAAUAAGAUUGAUCUCAUCAAAGAUCCUAUAGACCCGAUGGCGCACGGUGAGGCUACCGAGAAACCGCAAGCCAAUUUCAGUCUUUCCAAAUACAUACCAGACUCUAUGUUGACCAAUUACAACUUUGAUGAUAUCGAAACACUUAAGUUGGACAAUUCAAACCUAUAUCGUUUGAAAAGAAUCGAUAUCCUUUCUAAACAAAUAGGCAUUGACGUGAAAAACCAUAUUUUGCAUGUACCUUCUUCAACAAGUGACAAAGAACAUAUAUCACUGAAUGCAGAUAUCGCCAUUUUUACUUCAAGCUGCAAGAAUGGGGACUAUAUUGAUGAGAUAACCAGCUGGAUAACGCAACUGUGA